GGAUUCGCUGAGACCUUGAAGCUGGUUCGCAUUUUUGGAAUGAGUAGACACCAUCAGCGCGUAGGAUGUCCCCAAAAAUGUGUUUAAAAUAUUUAUAGGUAGUUUGCUUACUAGGAUUUGAGACACGAAUGUGCUAAGGACCAUUAUACCUCCCACUUAAAACGGCAAGUAGAGGGAGAGAGAAAGGGAGCUAGAGGAGGGGAGGGUGAUUCCCAAAUAAACCAACACGCAGCUUCUCUCUCGCUGCGUUGAGUAGGUAACAAAGUAUCCUCGUAAAUUGUAUCAAAAAAAAAGGAUGGACAGAAACGGCGGAGUGCAAGAAAAAUGUGGUCGAUAGCAUUUUAACCCGAGGGUCUUGACGACUGAUGUGGACAGGUGAUGUAAAAACACGGUACCAUGUGAAUGGUUGAGGAACAUGAAGCCUGCACACAAACUACUGUUCGUCGUGUGUCCCAUGCUGGUCUUGGGGUUCAUCUACUACUCUUCUGGGAAGCUCCAUUUGCACGUAUGGGGCCAAAAGCCACAUAAAGAUGUGGAGUCCACAGUAAAUGUCAGUAAAGUAACUAGUGUUGCUGUCAGAGCCACAGUGACAAAAGAGCCGGUGGCGGAAGGCGCAGUCUCCGUGGGACGAAUAGUAGGCUCAGUGUUUGAUAAGCAAGGGUUCAUGCUGAAUCUGGACACAAAGCUGCCUCUGGAUCUGGCGUACAAGUAUGGAAACCUCAGUGAAGGAGCCUGCAAACCUGGCUAUGCAGCUGCCAAAAUGACUGCUAUCUAUCCAAAGUUUAGUAAGCCAGCUUCUAUGUUUCUGGACCGAAACUUUAAGAGGCUUGCAAAAGUGAUCAACUAUUUACCUCCAUUUGGAUUCAGAACACAAGAAAGAAUCAUAGAUGUUAUAUUAUCCGCUACAAAGAAUUAUGGACUGGGUCCAGAACUGGAUAGUUUGAUUUGUAAAAGAUGUAUCAUAGUGGGCAAUGGCGGUAUCCUUAGCAACAAGUCUUUAGGAUCCCGCAUUGAUGAAUAUGAUGUUGUGGUAAGACUCAAUGAAGCCCCAGUGAGCGGUUACACCAGAGACGUAGGUAGUAAGACCACCAUGAGGAUUACCUACCCUGAGGGGGCCAUCCAGAAGCCUGAGCGCUACGAGAAAGAUUCGCUCUUUGUCUUCUCUGCUUUCAAACCUCUCGACUUUAAAUGGCUGAGACAGAUGGUCUACAAAGAGAAACUGCAAGGAACAGAGGGCUUCUGGAAGUCUGUAGCACGAUAUGUUCCCCGGGAACCCUCAGAAAUACGGAUUCUCAACCCCUACUUUAUACAAGAGGCUGCCUUUCAGUUUAUUGGCCUUCCACAGAACAAUGGCCUCAUGGGUAAAGGGAACAUUCCAACGUUGGGCACCGUUGCCAUUACGAUGGCCCUACAUAACUGCGAUGAGGUCGCUGUUGCUGGAUUUGGCUAUGACAUGAACACCCCUCAUGCACCCUUGCACUACUACGAAUCAGUCAAAAUGUCUGCCAUUAAAGAGUCAUGGACUCACAACAUCUCAAAGGAAAAGGAAUUUCUCCGAAAGUUGGUGAAGGCCAACAUCAUUACAGACUUAACCAAUGGGAUUUGAACCUCCCAAGGUGGGUGCCUUUCUAGGAGGACUCGGGACGUCCUGGGAGCCGCCGAACCAGACAACAGUGAGAAGCAAGAUUUCAGAAGUGGGAGCGAUGGCUCAGUUAAGACGUGCCUUCUAAACCGACAGGCUUCCUCUGAGCGGGAUGUUGAAGGCUUCUUGAAUGUCUCAGGAGAAAAUCCUUGAUGGAGUGUUGGAGGAUGGAAGAUUUUGAAGUGACCGCCACAAACAGCGCUUGAGGAACUAGUCGCAACAGUAACUGAUUGUGCCAAAUGUACCUCUAUCAGAGGAGACGCCCCCUCCUCUCCUGCCUGAAUGUAUUAACGGUGUAAAUAUCAAAGAUUUUUACUGUGCAUUUUAUCAGACUGCUAUGGCCCCUAGGGUCCUGCCUUCACACGCGGUUCUCCGUCCAGUGCACUCAGUGCGUAUCCUUUUCCCCGGUGUGUGGAAGGGCAGAGGCAGGUCUUUUGAUUCAGCCCUUCACCUGAGCACAGGAGGCUCUUUAUCUCCUGAAUGUGAGCUUAUUAUGGUAAAGCUUCUUUUGUAGAGGAAAGGAGCUCAGUCUAUAAGUUAUUUAUUUUGGUGCACAAAUGAAGGCCUUUGUUUUAUGUGCGUGUGUGUGUGUGUGUGUGUGUUUUUGAAGCCCCAUUUCCAAAAUGACACUUGUUUUAAAUAACCAUCACCACACUUUGCUUUAGGAGUACCUAUUAGGGAUGCACCGAUGCCCUUUUUGAUUCCAAGACUUGAAUUUCUGAUAUUGGCCGCUACCUCACUUUGUUAGUAAUUGAUAGGGCAGUUGAUUUAAAAGUGAUGUGUAAUGUAGUAAUAUAUGUAGUAAUGUUUCCUCAUACUAGGCUUACCGGGCAAUGAAGGAUGAAAAAUACACUACUUAACUACAAGUAUUGUUUCAGUUUAUUCUAAUAUCUAAGAAUGCCAGUAUUAAAAACCCAAACAAAUGAAAA